AUGCAAGUGAUCUGCAAUCGCAAGUCGACUCAAGAGGUCCGUGCGAGAGCAGAUAGGGAGGUGCUUGUAGAGUCUGGUGUAGGCGAAACUCCACUCCACGAUGAUAUGGCGCGUUCGUUGAUUGGAUUCUUUGCUAAUCCUGCAAACUGGUUGUCUAGCUUCUACCCAAGCAUACCUAACAUCAUCCACCUUUUCCCAACUCGCCAAACUCGCAUCUCCAAACCAACCCUCAUUCCUGGCUUUCCAUUCUCCUAUCCUCGACUACCACCUCCGUCGACUGACACACUCCUCAACAUACCCACUCACCCCAUCCAAGUACGGCGUUCCCAGCUGAAAAAUUACACCACCACGCGUUACGCUCGGCACUGGCAAAGCAGAUCACCCUUCAAGCUGAAGCUUCAGCCACCAACACACAAACAAGCGAUUGGUCUUUGCAUGCUUCAUCCACCUGGAAGUCCUCCAUUCACAUUGCAGAUCACAUUGGAUAUUUGCAGUUGGAUCGCUUCAGCGACCGAAAAUGAUAGCACUGGGUUGCCUUCGAUCACGAUCGCACAGACUACGCUCACUGCCAAUGCUGCUGUUGUAGUCAGUUAUUAUCCGGACGAAAACUUCAUACGCACACUAUCUGAUAACGGUCGUCGCAAUCACUGCUUUGGCAUGCUGCUGGACUGUCACGGUCCCUUACAGAAUCUUGAAUGUUCUGCGCUCUUUGAUAUCAUCGUCGCGGUUGAUACGCCGUGGAAUUCUGAGACUCACGUCCAGUUUAUCAACACGCUUUGCAUGUGUCUUGAUCACAGCCCAUCAGACGCUCGCAUAUAG